AUGGCUUCAAACAAUUAAAAGCAUUUGAUCAAUGAUUCUACUGGAAAUCAACAUCAGAGUGUAUUAGAUGUUCUGAAAUAAAUGAGAAGAAAUAAAAUGAAAAUACUUAAAAAAAGAUUAUUUUUCAUCUUAAUAGUAGAAAUACUUGGAAUGAGUGGUAAAUUAUAUUUCAAUAAGAUUUAUUUAGUAUAAAUAUUAGCAUUAUCAUUCAAAAAUUGGUAUUAGUUUUAGAUAGAAGAAAAAGAAGAAAUAUGGAUUUAACUAAUUUAUAUUGAAUAAUAUAUAAGAUAUUCAGAGUUUUGUGAAAAUAUGAAUGUCACUAAUAAUUUAUUAUGUAGUGAUAUGAGAGAUGUUGGAUUUAUUUGUUUUUGUUUUAUCGUAUUUGCAAUUUUAGUUUAAGUAAGGAAAUUGAAUAUACAGAUUUUAGAAGUUAUUCGUCUAAUCAUUUAUUUAAAAAAAGGCAAUCCUUGUGUAUUAUGUAAAUUGAAAGGCAAAUUACUUCAAGUAGUAUUUAUUUUACUAUUGAUAUGUGGAUAUGUUGGAUAUUUUUUCACAAUUCUUUCUUUAUUUUAAUAUAACCAAAGUAAUCCAAUUGAUUUAGCCAUAUUUAGAAAUAAAAUACUUUGGAUUUUCAUUUUGGAUGGGUGCAGGAUCAAUAAUAGGAUUGAUUUUGAUAUCAUUGUAUUAUAGAAAAACCAAAGGGUCAUUAAGUAGAAAUAAUUAAGUUCAAAAAUAUUUACUAUUUGAUAAUGGUAAGGUUGAAUUUUCAAAUAUUGUCGAAUGA